AUGGUACAUUCGAGAAAGUUCCGAGGUGUUCGCCAACGGCAGUGGGGUUCUUGGGUCUCUGAGAUUCGCCAUCCUCUACUAAAGAGAAGAGUGUGGCUUGGAACAUUCGAAACAGCAGAAGCCGCUGCAAGGGCAUACGACCAAGCAUCUCUUCUAAUGAACGGCCAAAACGCUAAGACCAAUUUCCCUGUCGUUAAAUCUGAGCAACAAGGCUCAGAUAACGUUCACGACGUUAACUCUCAGUUGAUGUCGCCAAAGUCUUUAUCUGAGCUCUUGAACGCUAAGCUAAGGAAGAGCUGCAAAGACUUGACACCGUCUUUGACGUGUCUCCGUCUCGACACAGACAGUUCCCACAUCGGAGUCUGGCAGAAACGGGCCGGGUCGAAAACAAGUCCCAACUGGGUCAUGCGUCUCGAACUCGGGAACGUAGUCAACGAAAGUGGGCAUGUUUUGGGGUUGACGACUACGAUGAAGAAACAAGACGUGGAGAAAGAAGAAGAAACUAAUGUUGAUGAAGAUCAGUUAGCUAUGGAAAUGAUCGAGGAAUUGUUGAACUGGAGUUGA